GCUGAGUUUCCACACAAAGCCGGACUGGAUGCUGCGGCGAGGGGACACGCAGGGUUCGGAGGAUCCGGGAGAAGGGACAGACUGACAGCUGGUGACGGACAGAUCGCUGCAGGACACGCGAGCCGAGCGCGCGCCGGGGAGGCGUUACCGAGCUGGACCACGCGUCCACCUGAGCUGAGCUCAGAAAACGGGAGGAAAGCCGGGCUGUCACGCUACGAUCUCGUUCUGAUCAUGGUUAUUCAGCAUAUAACGGAUAUUCUGUAGACAGCGCACGAGCUCUGCUGUUAGAUGAGCGGUCACCGGGGGAAUUGGGAAUAUAUCUGCAUACGAGCGGAAUUAUAAUAUUAUAUUUGGAAGACAACCGGCGCCCGCCUGAAGAGCUGCAUCAGGAGCAAAUGAAUGUUUAAGAAAAAACAGGCACGAUGAAGAUGAUGUUGAAAGGACCAGGGGAGGCAGUGAUCAGUCAGCUGAAGCAACAUGGGACCUGCAACAAGAAAGUGUUGCUGCUGCUCUAUGUGGCCUUGGAGCUUAUUGUAGUUCACUCAUCGGCUGUUCUGGGGACACUGAACCUGCAGCUAGAUGAGGAGCAGCCAGCAGGUACCAUUGUGGGUGACAUCAAUGCAGGCCUGCCACAGGGCACUACAGCAACACUCUUCUUCAUCUCAGACGUUGAGGGCACGGGUGUGGGCACUGACCUGAACAUUGAUGAAACCACUGGCAUUAUCAAGACCAACCGUGUCCUGGACCGGGAGGUGAGGGACCACUACAGCUUCAUUGCCGUCACCAUGACUGGUGUGACGGUAGAGGUGUCGAUACAGGUGAAUGACAUUAACGACCAUGCUCCACAGUUCCCCCGGGAGAGGGUUGUCCUCAGAAUCCCAGAGCACACAGCAGUAGGGACAAAGUUUUCAUUGGACCCCGCAUCUGAUGCAGACAAAGACCAACUGACCACCCAGGGCUACUUGAUUAAAGAUGGGAAUGUGGGACAGGCUUUCCGCUUGGAGUCCAAGAGAGGGUCAAACAUGGUUCUUUACCUUGAUCUGGUGGUCAAUGCUGUUCUGGACAGAGAGAAAAGGUCCUCUUAUUCUUUAAUUCUGGAAUCGUUUGAUGGGGGCUCUCCCAGGAAGACAGGACAGAUGAUUUUAGAUGUGUCUGUCCAGGACAUUAAUGACCAUGCUCCUGUUUUCAACCAGAGUCGCUACCAUGCCAUUAUCUCAGAGAGCAUGCAGCCAGGCAGUAACAUUCUCCAAGUAUUUGCAUCUGAUGAAGAUGAAGGUGACAAUGGGCUAGUGCUGUAUGAAAUCAACAGAAGGCAGAGUGACCCAGAAAAUUACUUUGUUGUGGAUCCCCGGUCUGGUAUGAUCACCCUUAACAAGCCCCUGGAUUAUGAGAUGAGGAAAGUCCAUGAGUUGGUAGUGCAAGCCCGGGACAAUGCCAGUCAGCCAGAGGUUACAAAUGCAUUUGUCACUAUCCAUGUACGCGAUUACAAUGACAACCAGCCCACCAUGACCAUAAUCUUCCUUAGUGAGGAUGGCUCCCCCCGUAUUUCAGAAGGUGCACAGCCUGGUCAAUAUGUGGCAAGGAUCUCUGUCUCAGACCCAGACUAUGGGGAGUAUGCCAAUGUUAAUGUGUCCCUUGAGGGAGGAGAUGGAAAGUUUGCUUUGACUACCAAGGAUAGCAUCAUUUACCUUAUUUAUGUGGACCAGAUGCUUGACCGAGAAGAGAGAGACUCCUAUGAGCUGCGGGUUAUGGCUACAGACUCAGGCACACCACCUCUUCGGGCCGAGUCUUCCUUCACCAUUCAGGUCACUGACAUCAAUGACAACCCUCCUCUCUUUGACCAGCAAGCCUACAAACAGGCCAUCCCAGAGGUGGUGUUCCCAGGGAGCUUUGUUCUACAGGUCACAGCAAGGGACAAGGACCAGGGCUCCAAUGGGGAGGUCCACUACAGUAUUCUCCUAGACCCUGGUACCCACUCUAAUUGGUUCACUAUUGACCCAGUAACGGGGAUAAUCACCACAGCAACAGAGCUGGAUUACGAAACAGACCCCAGACCCCAGAUAAAAGUGGUGGCCACUGAUGGGGGCAGGCCGUCUAUGUCCUCCACAGCUGUAGUUGAUAUCAUCUUGCAGGAUAUGAAUGACAACGAACCAGUUUUCGGGAGCAACUUCUACAAUGUAUCCCUCAGUGAGAACACAGCUGCAGGAACCUGUUUUCUUGAGGUGACAGCAACUGAUGCAGAUGGGGGCUCUUACGGCACCGUAUCUUACUCUAUUGGUUCUGGCAUUGGAAUGGCUGUGCCUGCCCAGUUCACCAUUGACAAAGAGACUGGCCAGCUCUGUACCACUAUGGAUCUGGACCGGGACCAAGGCCCAGCUAGUUAUGACUUCACAGUCACCGCAGUGGAUGGGGGUGGCUUGAAUUCCAUGACCUAUGUGAAGGUUUCCCUUGUGGACAUCAAUGACAACAACCCGACCUUCUAUCCAGUGCACUAUGCUGUCAGUCUGAGCACACAGAGCACACCAGGAACCUCCGUUGUACGGGUGACAGCCAAUGAUCCAGAUGCAGGAGCCAAUGGGAAAGUGACCUACCGGACAACUCCAGAUGGCAGCUCACCCUACUUCACUCUCAACAAGGAUACAGGUGUUAUCUCCUUGUCUCGCUCCCUCCAUGGCAAGGCCAAUUCUGUCAUCUCCAUGGUGAUCACUGCACAGGAUGGAGGUGGGUUGACAGCACUGGUCAACGCCCAGGUGAACAUCAGUGUGGUCGCUGGUUCGGUGGCGCCCCCCAUGUUUGAGCAGGUGCAGUACUUCUUUACCGUGUCAGAAGACGUCCUUCGUGGGACAGAGGUGGGCGUCGUGAGGGCCAUCAGCAGGAACGAUGUCUCCAGAGAUAUCUCCUACACCAUUUCCGGUGGUGAUCCAGAAGGCUACUUCACAGUGGACCCGCAUACUGGUGCCCUGCGGACUAGCCGGCCACUAGAUCAUGAGACGCGGCCCUCUCUGGAGCUAGAGGUGCAAGCUCGCAGUGGCUCACCACCUGCAUUUGGACAGACGCGUGUGCACAUCAGUGUGGCCGAUGUCAAUGACAAUGCUCCCACCUUCCUACCCUCCUCUUCUGAGUCACUGCUGCUGCCUGAGGCCACGCGGAUGGGCACGGUGGUGUACCGUGUGCGGGCAGAAGAUCCUGACUCAGGCCCCUUUGGUCAACUCAGCUUCGAUCUAGUGUCGCCCAGUGGCCAGCGCACCUUCGGAGUGGAGCGCAGCAAUGGCGAGAUCCGCCUGAUUGGUACACUAUCGUAUGAGAACACUCCACGAUAUGACCUGCUGGUGAUGGCACGGGAUGGUGGGACACCACAGUUGAGUGCCACCUUCACGCUAGUGGUGCACGUGCAGGCUGAGGAUGACCAGGGCCCUGUCUUUGACACUCUCACAUACCGUGUGGAGCUGAAGGAGAGCACACCACUCAGCACCCACUUCCUGCAGGUUCGAGCACUGAGCCGUGAGGCUGCUGGGACAGGAGGCUCCACUCCUUCUGGCCCACUGGCAUACCAUCUGCGUCCUGAUGGUGAUGCAGCUGGCUUCGGGAUCAUCCCAGAUAGUGGCUGGCUGUUUGUGAAGAGUGCCUUAGAUCGUGAGACGAAAGACCUGUACCUACUGACAGUUUUGGCCACCUCAGGCAGCGGGCAGCUCAAGAAGACGGGGAGUGCCACUGUGAGAGUGUCAGUGACAGAUGAGAAUGACAAUGCACCACGGCUUACGCAGGAGCGGGUAUUCCUGGCCGUGCGGGAGAACUUGCCACCUGGCACUGGCUUCGGGAGGGUGUCAGCCACUGAUCGAGAUGCAGGCCUAAACAGUCGACUCACAUACCGUCUGCUGCAUGCUGACAGAAACUUCCAGAUCAACUCCCAGACAGGGGAGAUCAGCACACGGACGGCCUUGAACCGCGAGCUUCAGUCCAGCUACCAGCUGGUGGUGGUGGUGCAAGAUGGUGGCACGCCCCCCCGAAGCGCCACAGGGACCGCCCAUGUCACAGUGUUGGAUGAGAACGACAAUGCACCUGCUUUUGUACAGGUUCAACCAGGACGGGAGCUGGUGUUGCAGGUGCAGGAAGGCCAGCCCUCUGGCUUUCUAAUUGGGACAUUACAUGCCAAAGAUCCAGAUGAGGGAGAAAAUGGCACUGUCUUCUACUCGCUAUCAGGCUCUAGAGCUGAACGUUUCUCCUUGAAUCCCAGCACUGGUGAACUUCGCACUGCCUCCCCCAUGAGCCGUACCGAACGGGCUGAGUACAGCCUUACUUUGACAGCUACGGACCGGGGGGUACCCCCACAGAGUACAGACUGUGCCCUUCGCAUCCAGGUUCUCAUGUCCAGCAAAACUUCUCCAAAAACCACCUCCCUAUCCAUGACCCUCAACUCAGUGGAGGGAGCCAAACCAGGCUCCAUCAUUGGUUCUGUUCGCUCACAUGAUCACCAAAAGGGCCAGAUAACCUACUUGGUGGUGGGUGGCACAGACCGUGACGGCACAUUCAUGGUGGACCACCAGACUGGCGAUGUGUACCUAGUACGAGAACUAGACUUUGAACAUGGAGCUCGCUACACUUUACAAAUUGAGGUAGAUGACUUCUCACAAGUUUAUCCCAGCAGCCACCUGGUCCAUUUGGACAUAAAUGUGCAGGACAGUAAUGACCACGCACCCCAGUUCCCUGAGGACCCCAUCACCAUUGUCAUCCCAGAGAAUAUGCCUCCUGGAUCAUCUGUCUACACUUUCCAGGCAGUGGAUAAAGAUGGGAGUGGACACAACAGCGAAAUUCGCUACUCCAUCCAGCACCGCUGGCCCAACAGCCCAGACCUUCUGUCUUUGGAUCCAUUCAUUGGGGUUCUGACUGUCACUCAGGGGCUGGACCAUGAGACCAUUCCCUCUCUCUACCUAGUAGUACAUGCCACCGACUCUGCCCCUGAUGUGGCCCAGCGGCGCUGGGGUUCGGUGACAGCCCGUAUCUUUGUGACGGACGAGAAUGACAACGAGCCAAUUUUUAGCUCACCAGCUGCUGUCAGCGUCAUGGAAGACCAGCCUGUGGGCUUUGUGGUGUUGUAUGUUAUGGCCCGCGAUGCUGACCAAGGCGAGAAUGGACGCGUAUCUUACCGCAUCCAGGCAGGAAACACUGGAGGGAGAUUCAGCCUCAAUCCCAAUACAGGCUCUCUGUCUAUCCUUAAGGCCCUGGACCGUGAAGAACAGAGCCUCUAUAACCUAACCAUUGUGGCUGAGGACCAUGGAAUGCCACCGUGCUCCACUUCACAGCUGCUGUCUGUCCAGGUGAUUGAUGUCAAUGAUGAGUCCCCCUGGUUUGAGAAGACUGAAUUUGAGGCCCAAAUCCUAGAGAACCAACGGCCCGGGACCACUGUGCUUACUGUGUUUGCCUCAGAUCGGGACCAAGGGACUAAUGGUCAGGUGACCUAUGGAGGCAUUUCAGAGGAGGGAUUUGCCAUUGACCCUGUGACGGGUGUUAUCAUUGCUACCAAAGCCCUUGACAGGGAAGUCCAGGACCGCUAUGCUUUUACAGUCUACGCAAAAGAUGGUGGUAUUCCAGCUAACUUUGCCACAGCAAUGGUGAGGAUAACAGUGUUGGAUGAGAACGAUAAUGCACCUGCUUUUGGAAGGCUUUUCUACAACCUAGAAGUGCCAGAGAACCUGGAGCCUGUAGAGCUGUCCACCUUAAGGGCUACUGACCAGGAUACUGGAGACAGUGGAGAGGUUGAGUACAGGAUCAUAGCUGGGGACCCUGACAGUGACUUUAGUCUUGACAGCAGCUCAGGGGAGCUGUCCUCUUCUAGAGCCCUUGAUCGAGAAAAGAAACCAAGCUAUUUGCUCACUGUGGUGGCCCAGGACCGUGGGACCCCACCACUCACCAGCACUGCCACUGUGGAAGUUACCCUCCUUGAUAUCAAUGACAACAGCCCUAGGUUUGAGCGUGACAGCUACACAGUGGAUGUCUCAGAAGAUGUGGUAGUAGGGUCUCCACUGCUGGAGAUGACAGCUACAGAUGCUGAUGAGGGUCUCAAUGGGAAGGUGCUGUACUUCCUGAGCCCAGAUUCUAUGGGCGCCUUUGCUAUUGACCAGGAUACAGGGCGCAUUACAAUAGCAGCAGUGCUGGACCGGGAAAAGAGGGCCUUUUACAGCUUCCAGGUAUGGGCUGUGGAUUCUUCCCCUGCAGUCCCACACAACAGUACAGCACAGGUCACCGUCAAUGUUCUGGAUGUGAACGACAAUGCUCCCUUCUUUGUCCAAGACCCAUUAGUUAUCAACAUCUCCAGUGGCAGUGUCUCUAGCCACCAGGUGGUGGCCACUAUGAAGGCCGAGGACAAGGACUUUGGGGCCAAUGGGUCUGUCUUCUAUCGCUUUGCCAAUCCUGUGCAAGGCUUCACCAUCAACUCUCUGACAGGAGCUAUCCAAGUGGCAGAGAAUCUGCAAUCACUCAAUCAGCACCAGCGAACCCUGAUUGUAGAGGCUGUGGAUCAGGGCAGUCCUGCCCAGUCAUCCCUCGGAGUAGUGAUCAUCUACAUCAGAGAGGAAGAGUACAAGGGCAUUCGCUUCUCACGAACAGCCCGGGACAUUAGUCUUCAGGAGAAUGCAGCUAAAGGUACCACUGUGGUUCAGGAACUAGCACAAUACCUAGAGGGCUCGCGCAAAGGCAUUACCUAUAGCAUUUUCAGUGGCAACCGGAUGAAGUCAUUCAGCAUAAGUGCUACUACAGGUGAAAUUCAGGUUCAGAGCUCUGCUGGCCUCGACUAUGAGGAUACCCCCAAAAUCCGUCUGGUGGUGAAGGCUGAGACAUCAACCUCCAACUCCUACAUGGCCAUUAAUCUGAUCCUGCAGGACGUCAACGACAACCUCCCACGCUUCCAGCUACAGAACUACAUAGCAUACAUGCGCGAAGCUCAAGGCUACGACCUUCCAAUCAUCCAGGUUUUGGCUAAUGACCCUGACCAGGGUCCAAAUGGUCAGGUGACCUACUCCAUCAAAUCAUCCAGCAUGAGCGGCCUCUUCAAAAUCAACCCCUCAACUGGCGGUAUCACUACAGCAGCCAUUAUGGAUAGAGAGAUCUGGACACAGACAAAACUUGUUGUCACGGCGACAGACCGAGGUAAUCCUAGGUUGGUUGGCUCUGCAACCCUCACAGUAAUCAUUGUGGACCUUAAUGACAACAGCCCCACGAUCCCCUUACCACAAGAGAUCCGCGUGCCUGAGAACACCCUGAUUGGAACAGAGAUUACGCAGGUGACCGGCAAUGAUGUGGAUUCUGGCCCGGCCUUGUCCUACUCUCUGCUACUGGAUGGCUACUCUAGUGGAAAAUUUGGAAUUCAUCGCUAUGGUGGAGGAGUGUCCUUGACUGGCCUAUUGGACUUUGAGGAGCGGACUUGGUACACUUUGACCAUCCGUGCCUCUGACUCUCAGCAUCAGAGUGAGGCCAAUCUGACCGUCCUUGUGGAAGACAUUAAUGACAAUGCACCAACCUUCACCCAAGAUCUCUAUCAGGUAACACUGCCUGAGCAUUCUCCACCAGGCAGUCCUGUUGUCACAGUGACUGCUACAGAUCGUGAUUCUGGGAUGAAUGGGAAGGUAACCUACAGAGUAAUGUCAUCAACCAGGGAUGGCUUUUACAUCGACCCCAGGAAUGGCACUUUGUUCAUCAGUCGUAAGGCAGAGUUUGAUCCAGAGCAUCCCUCAGUUAGUGUGGUGAUCGAGGCAAGGGAUGGUGGCACCCCAGCGCUGUCAUCUGUCACCACUGUCCAGGUGCAUCUCUCUGAUGUAAAUGACAAUGCCCCAACAUUCCAUCAGUCAGAAUACAGGGCAACAAUAUCAGAAGAUAUUCUGCCUGGUGCCACCAUUCUCACCCUGGAAGCAGUGGACACUGACAUGUCACGGGAAAACUGUGGCUUUGACUUUGCCAUUGCAAGUGGCAAUGUGGGCAAUGCCUUUCAGAUUGAGAGCAGUGUACGGUACUUGGAGGGACGGGGCUUCCAGACAGUGGGAACCCUGAUUUUAGCCGAAAGACUUGACUUCGAGUCAGCAUCACGCUACAACCUCACCAUUGUUGUGUCAGAUCGUGGCGUUCCCCAGCGCAGUUCAAGCGUAGCAGCGGUGAUCAAUGUUGCUGAUGCCAAUGAUAACCCUCCAGUCUUCAGUCGUGCAGAAUACAGUGUGGCGCUGAGCGAGGGGGCAGUUGCUGGCACAGAGAUUUUACGUCUGACUGCAACUGACCCAGAUUCUACCCCCAAUGCUGAAAUUCAAUACACCAUCAGCUCAGGAGAUGAAAUGGAGCUCUUUUCUGUGGACCAGUGGACAGGAGCCCUUCGACUUAGGCAGUCACUGGACCGCGAGCGACAGUCUUCCCAUGUAGUCAUUGUACAGGCUUCUGAUGGCCUUGGUCACUUUGCCUUGGUCCCUGUUAUUGUGGAGGUGAAAGAUAUCAAUGACAACAGACCUUAUUUCCCCAUCCAGACGUUGACAGCAAGCAUUCGUGAAAACCAGCCUCCAAACACUCUGGUUACUGUACUGCAUGCCAUUGACUAUGACAAGGGAAUUUAUGGCCAGCUGCAGUAUUCCAUGGUGGAAAAAUCAGGUGAGGGCAGAGACUUCUUCCUAGUUGAUCAGAAUACAGGGGAGGUAAGGGCCAGGAUAACUUUUGACUAUGAGAAGGUGAAGUCUUUCAACUUCAUUGCCCUUGCCAUGGAUGCUGGAAACUUUUCAGCUUCUGUCACGGUACAGAUUUAUGUGACAGGGGAGGAUGAGUAUGACCCACUCUUUACUUCACCAACCUUCUCUUUUGAAGUGCCAGAAGGGGCAAAGAAAGGCCAAAGCAUUGGCCAGGUACAAGCAAGUGAUGAGGACAGUGGUGUAGAUGGCAUCAUCCUAUACUCUUUUCCCAGCCCAUCACCCUACUUUGACGUGAAUCGGACCACAGGAGUAGUCUUUCUGAAGAUGGAUAGCUCCAGUCGUCACAGUGGAACAGGCCGCUCUAAAAGAGAGGCCCGACUAAUGACACUGGAUGUGGCGGCCCACAGCCCCCUGGAUACCUCACGUGUGGCCACUGCACAACUAACCAUUGAUGUCACAUAUACUUCCUUUGGGCUUGCGCCUGAUGUUAACAUCUUGCUAAUUGUUGUCAUUGCUGUUUCCCUGGGCGUCAUUAUUAUCCUGGUGAUAAUUGCUGUAGUGUUGUUCCUGGUGAAGGCUAGGCAAAGAAAGAAGGGGCAAGGGGCCAACAACAGGGCUAGCUCUCCCCAAGGAACAGCUCUGCAGAAAUUGGAUGACACUGCAGGAGGUGAUAGAAUCUACCACCAGACUCUUCCUGGCUAUGCUGGAGAUCAAGGUGGUGCUGGUGGGGGACCCUAUGCUAGAGGAGGGUCGCUGGACCCCUCCCAUUCCAGUGGAAGGGGUUCUGCUGAGGCUGCCGAGGACGAUGAAAUACGGAUGAUAAACGAAUACCCACGUGUCUCCAGCAUCUCCUCCUCCAUGCAGGAGCACAUCUCAGCACGAGGUCCAGACUCUGGUAUCCAGCAAGAUGCUGACCAACUCUCAGAUAUUUCCUGUGAACCAGGGGUAUUGGAGGCAGGCCAGUGGUUCAAGGGAAAGAAAUUAGGAAGCCUCAGUGGAACUCUACUAUCUGGUCAGCAUCCAAUCUACAGGGAUGAAGGUGGAGGCUACCUUGGGGUUGGAAGGGGCCUAAACAUCUCACACCCUAAGGACUAUGCCUUCCCCGAGGAUGGGAAGCCCUCUGUAGAUGGCUCCCUCACUGCCAUUGUAGCCAGUGAUGAGGAGCUACGCGGUAGCUAUAACUGGGACUACCUGCUCAACUGGUGCCCUCAGUUCCAGCCCCUGGCUAAUGUCUUUACAGAGAUUGCCCGGUUGAAAGAUGAAAGCGCUCCUCCCAGCAAUCCCCGUCAGCCCUUCCAGGCCAAAGCUAAGGCUGACCCUAAACCCCGGAUUGAUCCACCACCUCUUAUCACCUCCGUGGCUCACCCAGGAGCUAAGUCAGUUCCCCCAAAGCCAGCUGUCGCACGGACGUUCCCACACUUGGCAUCAUUGCGACGGUCACCCAUCAGCCAUGAGGGCUCCAUCUCUUCAGCUGCCAUGUCCCCUAGCUUCUCCCCCUCAUUGUCUCCGCUUGCUGCCCGCUCGCCAGCUGUCUCCCCUUUUGGGGUUACACAGGGCCCCUCAGCCUCAAUGAUCAGCACAGCAGAGCACUCUCUGGAGCACAGUGAAGAGCCAGAGCUAAGGAUCUAACUGCUGGUGACAAGGACAAGGUGCAGUGUUCUUCUUCAAGCAUAUCCUAAUACAGACUCCUGUUUUUCUGAGGAAGGAAGUGAUCUUAAACCAUGUGACAGUCUAUUAAUUUUCUUCUCAACCAUUUCAGUAUUGAUGUCUCUAGAUAAAUCUGUCAUUUCAACUCACUGGCUGGCCAGGAAGCUCAACUUUUUUCAAUAGUUCUAAAACUAUUAAUUAUUUAGGACAGACCCAGCUGGCUGCCUUUCUUGUUUGUUCAUCCAUUCAGGAAGUCUUCAUCAGUGUUUGAAGACAUCAAGGAACACCCAGCUUUUGCACAUUUGAACAGUCAAAUUAGAAUGGAUGUUAACAUACUGCAUUGUAUUCAGUUAUUUUUAAACUGGCUUUUGUUUGCCAGCUAGACAAUACCAUCACCUCGUGAAGAGGUUGCAAUUUUAAAACACCAACAUAUAUGUUUAUAUGUAUGUGACUGUACAUAUGUCUGUUGUAGUAUUUAGGAUUGCUGUUGGAAUUGUGGAAUGAAGAGACUAUUGACAUCUGUGAUGUACGUGAUUGGGGAACGUGUUUGUUGAGAGUUAUUUAUAAAGAAACGAGUAAAUGCUUUAUAUUAGAAAGCAAUGUACAAACUAGCUUAGAUUUGCUUCAGUGUGGUGUAUUGUAAUGUUUUAAGGUUGGAAUGUGCAGACCUCAGAAAGUGUCUUAGACUUUAUAAGGAACAUGGGAUAAGACUAAAUGAAAAUGGUUCACCUUUUUUAACGGACACUGGGACAGUACACCUCUCCCACAGACCUACCAAAUGCUCGCCUACCAAAGCUCCAUGACAUGGGGUCCACAAGUUAAACAAAUGCCUCAGACUGAACUUAAAAGCAGAAACCUUCUCAUUCGCUAACAGCUGCUGUUUAGUUACAGUCCUGUCAGGGCGCUUGCAACAUUGCUGCCCUUUGCAUUAAAGCUGGGCUGCCUCAUGCUUGCUGACCUAGUUCAGUAGCUUUUCUUUUUGCCAUCCCGUUGCUGCAAUCUUUCAAAAACAGUGGUGAGAAACUAAUAGUUUAAUAUGAACCCCAUCUGAAACAAGUUUUCAGAAGGCACAUGUGACCUUCUCUUCUUGGAAGAGAAUGGGUUCGAUUAUUUCAAGGCAGCACAUUUCACUUCAAAUAUUCCUUUAAUUCAGUGGAGCUGUGAUCAUUGUAAUGUCAUUCUAGGGUUCAUUCUGGUUGAUGUACUCCAGCCCAGGUGAGGGAAUUGAAGGCUUCAGAUCUUAAAUUUUUUUGUUAUGCCAUUUAGUCUGAAAAACAUCACCUCCCAUCUGAAUGAGGAAGACAAAAUCCAGACCACAAUGGGCCCCUGAUGGCCUUGCAUUGCCCUCAUCCCCACUCCCAUGUCUGCUCUGAGCUGAGAGGUAAUUACAGCAAUCAGAUGUCCCUGUGUUUGCUGGGGACCUCCUUUCCUCCCUCCAGAACCCUUCUCCCGCUUCCAGCUUGGAGAAAAAAAACUGUAAAGAGAGGGACAGAAAUUGUGUGUCCUGUUCACUGAGCUGUAUUUUGAAGAGCUUCAAAACACUGAGGUUAUAUUGUCUCAGAGCAGGACAAACUCUGGGCUGCUGCCAGCUCCUGGACAAAGAAUCAGUUGUUGAAAAUGAUGUUUGUCUAUUUAAAGCACACAAUAAAUUUCCCCAAUCUUUAUUUUCCCUCCCCUCAUUCCUAAACUCAUGUGAUUUGUAAAUGAGAGGUAAAUACUUUUGGUUGCAAAAGAAUUCUAGCUUUCUCCUUUGGAGUCCUUCUUCUGCAGUUACUCUGACUGGCCACAGUGAAAUUCUGUACUCAUUAACAAAUAGUGAGCAAUUAGCAAUAUACAGAUCUAGCCAAACUGGACAUCUUCAUUAGACAUCAAGUUUAAACAGUUCGUGUUCCAUUACCCCAAGGAAAUUAACAUACAUGGCUUUACUACACUUAGGGAAGGGGCUGUAAUGGCAGCUAUUAUAUAAAACAUCAGCAACAUUGUAUCACAAUGCAAAGCAAACAAUCUCAGCCAGAGGUGACUGUGGGCACAAUGGACUGGAUGAGGUACAAAACCUCUCCAUCUCCUCUUUCAAGGCCUGUAGACUAAGCCGUUUUGUAGAUAUGUAAAUAUUCUUUUCUCACAACCACUGAGCUGAACUUUUCCACUGAGGCUGUGCGCAAUUUGACUCAAUUAGAAGUCCAAACUGAACAACUUUAGAAAAUUUCAAAGAAUGUACAUAUGUUUGACGUGGCUCAGUAAUUAAGAGACGUUCUCUUGUGUUUCUUCAUGUGGACCACAGACGUGUUUACAUAACUAUAAUGAAUCUCUGCCUCAUUGCACCAGGGAAAAAAAGCAAUACAUUUUUUAUAAGUCCAGCUGAAUCUUUACAAUGAAGAUUAAAUGCUUCAGAGCACUCAACUCGGGAGAGGGGGAAUUUAAGUUGGAAAACAACAGCAAAAAAUUUUAUAAAAUUUGGUAACUCUUUUUAAAGUUACUUCAAAGAGUGAAGUGCUUCCAGUUCUAAUUCCACAUUUCAGGUUUAGCUGAUACUGUCUUAAUUUUGUAAUUUGUCAGUAGUGUAAUCAUGGACUUGCACUAUGGUUAUGUCUGCUUGCAGUUUUGGUGUUGGUCAUCAAGAUUAUGCUCAUAAUAUGUCACCCUUGCUCCUUGUUAAAACCAUGACAUUCAGGUGUGACAAGACAAUGGGUUUGAACAUAAUAGUGUUCACAUGCCAGCAGUUUCCUGAGUGUUGUGUUGGGGCUAUAUAAAGGCUGUUGAAACAGAAGUUGUUCUAAUACACCUUUGCUUUGGAACUCUACUUCAGGUUCCAAAACUCCAGGAACCAGCUUUGGAACCUUUUUGAAAUGUCCUUUGUUUAUUUAUUAUGCCAUGUGUGAAACACCAAACUGUACACAGGGACCAUAUAAAGGUUAAAGGUAAGGCUAUACAGAAAUGAUAGUACUUACCUCCUCAUUGAAGUUUAUGUUCUAGUUUGUUACUUUUAACAAAAAAUUCAGCUGCGAAUUUUAGGUUCAGUUGGUUUGUAAAAAACAUUUCAAAUUCAAAUCAAUAGCUUCUUUAUUUAAUAAAUGUUCAUUUCAGUUCCAUUCUGAGAUUGGCUUUCAGUCCUUUAUAUGGUCCCAAGUAUUAUAGCUUUCAGAGAGAACUUUUGAUUUAGUAAUAGCAAUUUGUAUGGUAAUGGAAACAAUAACUAAAGAAGUGCUGUUUUGGGGCAUUGAUCAUAUGCAGGUGUUCUGUACUGUUUUGAGACCUAUAGUCUGUCUC